AUAGACAACAUUCUGUAUUGCCGAUGAUGGGGCGGAUACAAAUUCGUAAACUUUUCUUGAUGUUAACGUUCCUCGUUGUACUUACCUGUUUCAUGAUUAACCAUAGAGUAUUAUAUGCACCUUCAUUACUGAUGACACCGAAAGAGGAGAGUGAUAUGAUGUAUAUGUAUGCAACAUUUUCGGCAAAUUUCCCCAAUAAACGAUUGGAUAUGGCAUCUGAGAACCAUCCACGUUCCCAUCUAAAGCGUUUUGUGCAUGAGGUAGAUUGCCAACAAAUAAUUGACGGUGAGGAAGAGUACAUAUCAGUUGCUAAUACAAGGAUGUCUGAACGGAAUUACACGUUUCCCACAGACAAAGAGAUGGGAGAUCUUGCACAGAAUUGUGAGAAUUUCUUAGAGGUGUACAAUUAUGAAUAUUUCUUCGUAUCGCCUGAAGAGCUUGGUUUUCCCAUCGCCUAUACAAUAUUAACUUAUAAAGAUGCUGUUCAGACAGAGAAACUGCUUCGUGCUAUUUAUCGCCCACACAAUUUAUACUGCAUACACGUAGAUCAAAGUUCAGAUAAUACUUUACUUUACGCUAUGAAAUCCAUCGCUAAAUGUCUCCCUAAUGUAUUAAUUGCUUCAAAAUUAGAGGAUGUGAUAUACGCAGGAUUUUCUCGACUUCAGGCAGAUUUGAACUGUAUGUCCGAUUUAUUGAAUAACACUGAUGUUAAAUGGCGAUAUGUAAUAAAUAUACCUUCCCAGGCAUUCCCUUUGAAGACAAAUUCAGAAAUCAUUAAAAUUUUUACAAUAUAUAACGGAACAAAUAGCAUAGAAAGUGUUUACGAUCAUAAUGCAAUAUUUCGGUUCAAUGAGACAUACGUUGUAAAAAAUGGGACAUUAAAAUCUACAGGAAAAAAGAAGGAUCCGCCGCCAUAUAAUAUCACUGUAGGAAAGGGAAGUGCUUACGGUGUAUUCAGUAGGGACUUCGUGAAUUAUUCUAUAAAUGACCUCAAAGCGCAGGGUAUUUUGAAAUGGUUAGAAGAUACAUACAGUCCUGAUGAGACCUUCUGGGCCACGCUAGUAUUUAACAAGCAUCUUAAUGUGCCGGGUGUUAACUACACAGGUGUUCCAAACAGGAAAUUGUGGAUAGCCGUCAGUACGACAUGGCAGUGGCCUGGUGAAGUCUGCCACGGAAAGUAUGUCCAUGACAUUUGCGUUUUUGGCCUGGGUGAUUUAAAUAAAUUGGUGUCGAAGGAACUUUUUGUCAACAAGUUUUACCACGACUACCAGCCUCUUGCAUUGCAAUGCAUGGAAGAGUGGAUAUAUAACAAAACGAUCAAUACUAUACCUCUGCAAACAUAUUAUUAUAGAAAUUUGAUAAAAUCAGUGCUGCAUUAGAAGUCUAUAAUAUAUUUUCCUCGUGGGUUGUCAUCAAUUAUACAGUUUUUAUGU